AUGUCAGUUGAGGAUUAUUCUAAGCAAAUAUUUGAAGCAAUAAACAAACUAAAAAUAACAGAUUAAGAUAUCACCCAGCACCAAAGAUUAGGAUCUUUCUAUGAAGUUAGUGAUUCGCCAUUAGUCUCACCAUCCCGCGAGAAAAUUUUUGUUGAUGACUUACAAGAUCAUUGGAUGAAGAUGAAUGAAUUAGAAAGUGAUCAUUCUUCUAUUAUGGAGUAAAGUUACGAGGAAUAAUAUGUGCCUUCUAUGAUCAAGAAAUCAAAGACUAAUUUUUAAAGUGGUAAAAAAACUCCUUUCGAAAUUGAGUAAGAGCUAUUAAGUGAGCUCUCAUUGCUAGAAAAGUAAGACAGUGAUAGACAUAAAGGUAUACAACCAUUUCACGAAGAUUAUAUUAAUAGUGAUUCAAGAAAAAUAACAUAAGAUGCUAUUGAUCGAAUUUUCGACAUUAACUUCAACGUUAAUGACGACUUAUAAAAAAGGUUAGAACAUAAGAAAAAUGAAUUGAGAAAUGGAGCUAAAAUGAAUUAAGGCAUAAGGCAGAUAGAUAUGAAUCAGUAUAAUGUUGAUGAUAUUAUUAUGGGUAAAAGUGGUAAGAAAAUUAACAACUACCUAAGUACAGAUAAUAGUGAAUUAGAAGCCCCAUACUCUCAUUAUGAAUAUAAAGCUUUUAACUAAUAAUUUGGCCUAUAAGAAAAUUAAUUGACAAAAGAGACGCCUAGAUUCAUGGAAGAGUCAGGAAGACCUACAAAAAAACUAUCUAAUAUAGGAUUGGAUAUGAAUGAGCUAAAGUUAAGUUCAAAGAUACUGAACUAUGAAUAAGCAGAUCAAGAAGAUUCCAACCUAUUAAAUUCACCAGACACCUCGAUAUAUGAUACUAAGCUAAUUUAUGAUACGAGCUAAGUUAAAGCUCAAACUCCCUUGUAAAGUCCUGGACCACGAAGAAGAAUACACUUCAACUAAGGCUCAUUUGAUAUGAGAGGAAUAAAUCUGGGUUAUUCUUAAGAUAAUACCUUAGAUUAGAUAUCAUCAAUUGAUGAUAAUAGUAUAUGUAGAGAUAUAGACAGAGCGAAAUCUGAAAAUCGAAUUCCAAUGUUUAAUGGAAUGUUUUCACCAAGCAAUGUAACUAGUGAAAGAAAUACUAUUUAUCAAGGGAAUCAGUAUUUAAGAAGAGAUAUGCAGGCUGAUGCCGAGGAUAAAUACAGUGAUAAGACUAUGCAGUCAGUUUUUAAUUAAUUCCAAAGUAAUAAUACUAGUUUUGUUGGAAUCAAUCACCAUUCAGAUAAUGACAUCACUAAUAAGAUGCUCAAGGAUUUCUACUAGCACUCAGGCAAAAAGAUUAUGAUAGUUGAGGAAGAGAUUGGAGAUAUUGAUAUCAAAAUUGAGUAUAACGAGUAGAAUAAUUAGGAUAUUUAUGAAUGGAAUAAAAUUGUUAAUGAGGCCAAAGAUAGCCUUCAGAAAUCUUAAGAUAUUCAACUAAGUCAAAGUAAAUCUUAGACUGGCAUCACUAACUAAAAUCAGAGUAAUAUGGAGAAGACUAAUAUCUCCAAUAAUGCAUAGAAAACAUAUCUAAGACAUUUAAUUAAAAAGAAGCCUCUGGAUUAAGAUGAUCAGCUAAUUAACUUCACAACUUUAUUAGGAAUGAAUGGUAAUUCUGUCUCUACUUACUCAAAUAAACUCCUACUUAAUACAGACAGUCAUUAGUUACUAGAAGAUUGCAUCAUUUUUCUGGUUCUCAUUGGUAGAAAAAACUUUCAUACUUAUUUGCUUUCUGAUUAAGAGGCUAAUAGAUAAAGAAUUCUCUAUUCUAAUUUACUAAAGAAAAAUGAAAGUCAUGAGGCAUAUUUUGGCCUAGCUAAAAUAUACUUCUAUUUAAAUAAACUAGAAUAGGCUUAUGAUUUUAUUUGUAGAGCAAUUUAAAUGAAGUAAAAUGAUGGUCUCUACUAUCUAUGGCAAGGAUUUAUACUCUAUUAUUUGGUUUCUUAUUCAAGUAAUAGAUUAAAGAAAGAGGAAUAAGUAUAAAAGGUUAAGAAAUAUCUCAAAGAAUCUGAGAGAGCAUUAAACAAAGCCCUUAAAUUAAAUAAUAAAUCAGUAGCUAUAAUGUAUCUACUACUUAAAUUGAGUGUCUGGUCUGAAAAGAAUAAAAAGAAGUAUAAAUAUUAAUUUUCAAGGAAAGGGUAGGAUUAUGCUCUUAAAAUCUAAAAGUUAGAUUCAUAUAUGGGCUACAUGGCUUGGGCUGAAAUAUAUAUUAGCUAAAGAGAAAAGAGAUAAUUAGGUAUAUAAGUAUUACUUGAUCUAAUCAAAGAGCAUAACGAGAGGCCUCAAGCGUAUUUAAAGCUAUGGUUUAUUUACAAUCUUAAUAACAAUAACUUGAAAGCACUAGAAUUAGCUGAAAAAUUGUUUAUCUAUGGAACAGGUGUAAUUUAGACUGCAGAAGAUUAAGAUGAAUCAAAAGCAUCUCCAAAUGUGGCAUCGAAUAUAGUCUUAUUCAGAUCCUGCCUAAUAACUCUGCUCUAUGCAAAAAGUUUAUUUAAGAGCUAAGAACUAUUUAGAUGCUAUGAACUACUCUAAAACUAAUUUAUGGCAUUCCCUUGGUUUUUCUCUUUAUUAUACGCAUAUGCCAAGUACGUCAUUGAAUCAGACUAAAUUAAUUAUCUUGGUUCUGCCAUUGGGGCAUUGGAAGAAUGUUUGAGAAGCUAAGUCAAAGAACGACAUUCUAAUAUCAACUACUAUUUAGGCAAGGGAUAUUAAAAAAUGAAAUAGCCUGUCAAGGUGUUUGAAUAUUGGAAAUAGUACUUGAUAACAAGUCGAUCUAAUAGAGCAAAUCAAGAUAAAAAGAAAGAUGCAUAAUAAGCAAUUGAGGAAUAUGAAGAUUUUUGCCUAUUGAUUUAGAGAGUGGAUCACUAGAUCAAAUAACAAUAAACAACUAUGAACAAGUCAAGGAUUAACAUCAUAGAUCUUGAUGGAGAGAGAUACAUUGAAUAAUUGAAUAGCUUUGCCUCGCUAGAUGAAUAAACUAAAAUGUUAUAUAGAGCAAAAAUUUUCGGUUUUAUGCUAAAAGACAGGGUGAAGGCAACAGAACAAUUUGAAAAGCUCUUAUAGUAUUAUCCUACAUUUUUAGAGGGAUAAUUAUAGUACUGGGUUUAUCUAAAAUCAAAUAAGCAAUAUCAAUAGGCUUUGAUAGUUGCUGAAAGAACUAGUUAAUCGUCUGAGAGCACUAAAAUACCAACAAGUCAAUGGGUGGAGGCUCGAUUUAACUUGUCUAAAUCAUACCUUAUUGGAAAGCAAGUUAAAAAAGCUAUUGAUACUCUCAAAGAGAUUUGUUAUCUGCUCCCUCCAUUUCCUAUUGAAGAAUUGCCUUUUAUAGAUUCAGUAUUAUAAGCAAAGGAUGAAGAUAUAAUUUAAAGAAUGGAUUAAGAUAAUGAAGGUAUUACACUAAGAACACCUAAAGAUUUAUAAGAUGAUAAAAACUAUUUCUCAUUUGCAGUAGAAGGUUAAACUAGUCAUAAAAAAUGUGAAUCUAUUCAAAUUGUUUAAGUAGAUGAAUACAAAGAAUAAGAGGAGCCGAAUUAUUUUAAUGAAUAUCGAGAUUGUAAAAGGAAUCUAAUGGUUAUGUAAUCUCUUGAUUCCCCGUUUGUUUUAAGUUAGCAGGUUGAAGUUCUAGAAUUAGAGGAUAUUGAAGAGGGCAGAGCUACUUCUUAGUUUGGCCAAGAGAAUUUUUAGCAGCCAUAAAGAUCAAUUGCAACUAAUGAUCAAAAUUCAGAUAAGAAAUAGCAAUAGACUAAUACGAUAGAAGUUCCUACCCCUACACGAAAUAUGAAUUACCUAUAGAUGGAUAGUUAGAAGUCUAUACUUUCAAGCAAAAAAAGCUUUAAUUAUGAUGCUUUUAUGAAUAAUGCGUUCACAAAUAUACCUUCUAAUACUCAAAAACCAUCUAAUGCCUAAAUGAGCUCUGCUAGAAAGAGAUCAUCAAGAUUUUCUUUUAUGAAUAAUAGUACUAAAAAAAGCAUAGUAGGAAUAGAAGGGCUUUUAAGUUUUAGAAAUGGAAUUAGAGAAUCUUUAGCCUCAUAAAAUCUAACAACUUAAGAGGAUUAAAAAAGUGUAAUGGAUAGCGAAGGAUUUGCAGUAUACUCAAGCGUAAUAUUCUUAUUUUAAAUCGGUAAAAUCGCUGCUGAAACCGGAAAAUGCCUUGAAGAUGGAUUUAAUGCUCUAAAUGAUUACCUAUCAAUAAUAGAGUAUUAUAAGCUAGACAUGCCUGAGCAUUCGUUUGAUAAGCUGAAACUCAAAGCAAAUUAUUAUCAGGGAUUAAUCUUCUACAAAGUCAAAGAUUAUGAAAUGGCUUAGUAGUACUUGGCAGAUAUAAUGAUAGACUUGAGAGAUAAAGGAUUCUAGAAUAAAUUUGAGAAUGCUUAGAAUAAACUUGCUAAGAUUUACAGAAGACUAAGGAGAGAAAUUAUCACUGAUUACUUUAGAUGA